UAGGCCCACUUCGAGGCUCCGACGACGACCGACACGACGGCGGCAUCCCCGAGGCGGCCGCCACGUCCGGGCCUAGCGCUGCUGAAUCGGUCAGGUCUGCGCUGCUUCGGGCGUCGUCCCGUCGACCUCACCGACCCACCCGGAGCAACCCGCGGGAGGCGCCAUGAAGAAGUCCUUCUGCUUCGGGGGCAGCCGCGUGGCGAAUCGGAUGUCGGAGCGGACGCCGAUGGCCGACGGGUGCAUGUUCUGCGGCAUCGCCCGUCGCGCCCCCACCUCCACUACCGCCCUCCUAUACGCCGAUGACAAGGUCGUGGCGUUCCGGGACAUCAAUCCGUCGGCGUUCAGGCACUAUCUUGUCAUACCCAUUGAGCAUAUACCAACUGUAAAUAGCAUCCACAGAACCAAAGAUGAUCACCAGUUAGUCAGUCACAUGGUGAAGGUGGGGAAAGACUUGCUCAAUCAAGAUGCUCCCAAUUCUGAGGAAGAAAGGUUUGGGUUUCAUCAGCCCCCAUUUAAUAGUGUUGAUCACCUUCAUCUUCAUUGCCUGGCACUGCCAUUUAUGCCCAGUUGGAGGCAAGUUAAAUAUACACCUCUGGGACCCUUAGGGGGUUUUAUUGAAGCCGAGAAGCUACUGGAAAGAAUAAAACCACAAGCAGAAGUAUACACUUAGCAUCGAUACUUUGACUGGUACCAGCUGUUCCUGCUUAUUAUUUGCACUAUUUUUUACUCAUCUUUUUUCUUCAAUUAUUGUUUGUAUGUGAUGAGUUCAUUUACAUUCUGUUUUUCUAAUCUUGUACAAUCAUUUGUACGUGAUGUGUGUUCAUAGUCACUGUUUGGACUUCUGAAAUCUCAAAAGACUAGCUGGACUGAA